UCUGAGCAAUAGAGUCACACAUUGACUCUCUCCCUCUCCCUCCUCCUCUUCCUCUUGCAGGCUUUGCUUUCUUUUGCUCUCUUACAUUUAGAUCUCCUUUUAGUUGCUGCUUUAACUGGAAAGUUUACAGUUAGUAAACACCUUUUAUAUACCACCCUUAUUUAUCCUGGGCAGAGAGUUUUAACUUUAUAUUAGGGCACCUAUUAAAAAGGAGCAGGCUGAAAAGUUGUGACUGCCUGCCUUUCUCCCUGUCUGAUUCAAAGGGCCAGUUCAACUUUAGCUCUUCUUGUCUAUUAAAGUAACACUCAGACUGGAAAGACUUUUCCUUUAAAUGACUCUAAUUCCCCCCCUUUAGUAGUACUAAUUUUAAUCGUUUGACAAGUCUUGUCUACUUCUCAGGACCUGCUUUAGAAGUACCCUACGACACUCCCAUUGAAACGUUCCAACCUAGAGACUGGUCCUCAGGGACCUGAGUGCAAAUAUUACAGAAGCAAGCAAGAAUAAGGGAAGGAAAGUACAUUGAUUCAUUCAGAUGUGCUCCUGAGGACAUUUCUUUAGAUCUAUUCCUUAAAGCAUCUCUUUUUUUUUGUGUGUGUGAACACAUUUUUGUGGAGGAUUAGCUGUAGACGUUACCGGACUCGUGAUGGUUCUUCUGUCACUUUGGCUUAUAGUAGUUGUGGUGCUAAUAGAUGGCAAGACUUCAGCUGAACAAGCUGGCAAUGAAGGAAACACCCGAAUAGAUUUAGGCAGGAUACUAGGAGAGUAUGAACUGGUAACCCCAAUGAGCACAGAUGCAGAGGGAUACCAUGUUUCCAAUGUCGUGUCCAUAAUUCACCAAAGGAGGUUAAAAAGAGACACAUCACACAGCCGUCAACCUCUCUACUUCAAUGUUACAGCAUUUGGAAGAGAAUUCCAUCUCAAAUUAAAGCCAAACACGCGACUCAUUGCACCAGGGGCUGUUGUGGAGUGGCAUGAUGAUGACCCUAUGAACAUUGAAAAUAGAAGCCAUGUUGGAAAUACAAGCCAUGCUGCAAAUAACACAGAGGAAAUUUUGAAAAAAGAGCCACUGUGGACUAAUUGUGCUUAUGUCGGAGAAAUAACAGAUAUUCCUGGAGCAUCUGUUGCAUUAAGCAACUGCGACGGCCUGGCUGGAAUGAUACGCACAACUGAAGAUGAAUUUUUCAUUGAACCCCUUGAAAAAGGUAAACAAAAGGAUGAGGAAGAAGGCAGAAUACAUGUAAUAUACAAAAGAUCAACCGCAAAGAAAGUUUUGCCUGAAGACAUCCCGAACAGAUCAGAGGCCAAAUUGUCUGGCCUUGAUGAUUUUCACAGUGUGUACAGCAGUGUUGAGAGACAAGUGAAUGAGACUCUUAGACGACGCAGGCACACAACUGACAAUGAUUACAACAUAGAAGUGCUGCUUGGAGUAGAUGACUCUGUUGUCAGGUUCCAUGGCAAAGAACAUGUUCAGAAUUACCUCCUUACCCUGAUGAACAUUGUUAAUGAAAUUUAUCAUGAUGAUUCCAUUGGGGCUCAUAUUAAUGUAGUCUUGGUUCGGAUGAUUAUGUUGGGUUAUGCAAAGUCUAUCAGUUUGAUUGAAAGAGGAAAUCCAUCAAGAAGUCUUGACAGUGUGUGCCGAUGGGCAUUCCAGCAGCAAAAAUCUGAUCCAAAUCAUUCUGAACACCAUGAUCACGCCAUUUUUUUGACAAGACAAGAUUUUGGCCCUGCUGGAAUGCAAGGCUAUGCUCCAGUGACUGGAAUGUGUCAUCCUGUAAGAAGCUGCACACUAAACCAUGAAGAUGGUUUUUCUUCUGCCUUUGUGGUUGCCCAUGAAACUGGCCAUGUUCUAGGAAUGGAGCAUGAUGGCCAAGGAAAUCGGUGUGGAGAUGAAACAAGCAUGGGCAGUGUUAUGGCUCCUCUGGUGCAAGCAGCAUUCCAUCGUUACCACUGGUCAAGAUGCAGUGGUCAAGAGCUGAAGAGACAUAUACAUUUAUACGAUUGUCUUCUCGAUGACCCGUUUGAGCACGACUGGCCAAAACUUCCAGACCUGCCCGGAAUUAACUAUUCCAUGGAUGAACAGUGCCGCUUUGACUUUGGUGUGGGCUACAAAAUGUGCACAGCUUUCCGUACAUUUGACCCCUGCAAACAAUUGUGGUGCAGCCAUCCUGAUAACCCAUAUUUUUGUAAGACCAAGAAAGGUCCUCCUCUUGAUGGGACAGAAUGUGCUCCUGGAAAAUGGUGCUACAAGGGUCACUGUAUGUGGAGAACCACUAACCAAGUCAAACAAGAUGGCAACUGGGGAGCAUGGUCAAAAUUUGGAUCCUGUUCAAGAACUUGUGGGAUUGGUGUCCGAUUUAGAACACGACAGUGCAAUAGUCCAAUGCCAGUGAAUGGGGGCCAAGACUGUGUUGGAUUGAAUUAUGAGUAUCAGUUGUGUAACACUGAAGAAUGUCCUAAGCACUUCGAAGACUUCAGAGCACAGCAAUGUCAGCAGAAGAACUCCCACUUUGAAUUUCAGAAUUUAAAACAUAAUUGGCUUCCGUAUGAACAUCCUGAUUCCAAUAAAAGAUGCCAACUCUACUGCCAGUCCAAACAAACAGGAGAUAUUGCAUCAAUGAAGCAGCUUGCGCAUGAUGGGACCCGCUGCUCCUACAAGGACCCACAUAGCAUUUGUGUGAGAGGAGAGUGUGUUAAAGUUGGCUGUGACAAGGAAAUUGGAUCCAAUAAAGUAGAAGAUAAGUGCGGGGUGUGUGGAGGAGAUAAUUCUCACUGCAGAACUGUGAAGGGAACAUUUACAAGAACACCAAAGAAGACAGGAUAUCUUAAGAUGUUUGACAUCCCACCUGGUGCUAGACAUGUGUUCAUCCAAGAAGACGAGGCUUCCCCUCAUAUUCUUGCCAACAAAAAUCAGGCUACAGGGCAUUACAUUCUGAAUGGAAAAGGUGAAGAAGCUAAAUCACGAUCCUUUAUAGACCUUGGUGUGGAAUGGGAGUACAUCAUUGAGGAUGAUAUUGAAACUAUACACACAGAUGGGCCCUUGCAUGAUCCUAUUGUAGUCUUGGUUAUACCUCAGGAGAAUGACACAAAGUCCAGCUUAACUUAUAAAUACAUCAUUCAUGAAGACUCUUUGCCAUCAAUAAACAAUAACAACGUACUGCAGGAAGAACUUGAUACUUACGAGUGGGCUUUAAAGACCUGGUCUCAGUGCUCAAAACCAUGUGGUGGAGGUUUCCAGUAUACAAAAUAUGGUUGCCGCAGGAAAAGCGAUAAUAAAAUGGUUCAUCGUAGCUUCUGUGAAGCCAACAAGAAGCCAAAGCCUAUCCGCCGGAUGUGCAAUCUACAGGAGUGUACACAGCCAAUCUGGGUAGCGGACGACUGGGAGCACUGUACAAAAAGCUGUGGAAGUUCUGGAUAUCAGAUUCGUGUUGUACGGUGCAUUCAGCCCCUUCAUGAUGGUACAAAUCGCUCAGUUCACAGCAAGUACUGUAGUGGCGAGCGUCCAGAGAGCAGACGGGCAUGCAACAGGAAUCCCUGCCCAGCACAGUGGAAGACGGGUGCCUGGUCUGAGUGUUCUGUGACCUGUGGUGAAGGUAUUGAAGUGAGACAAGUCCUAUGUCGUUCAGGUGAUCAAUGCGAUGGAGAGAAACCAGAAUCUGUAAGGGAAUGCAAGCUAGCCCCUUGUAAUGAUGAACCAUGCUUAGGAGAUAAAUCCAUAUUCUGCCAAAUGGAGGUGCUUGCACGAUACUGUUCAAUACCUGGCUACAACAAGCUCUGCUGUGAAUCCUGCAGCAAACGCAGCACUCAGUCACCCCCAUUCCUCACUGAGGCAGCAGAAACUGAAGAUGAACUUUCUUUUGAUCCCAGCACAUCAAGAGCCGGAAUGAUGCCCAUAUCUUUAUCAUCUGACAAUGAAGAAACUGUAUCUGAAGCUAGAAGCCUUUUGACCAUUCUUUCCUCCAUAGAAAACAAUUCAGAUCUUGGCCUAGUGUCUCCAACAGAGAAUCGAGCAAAGGCAUCAGAUUCAGCAUUAAGAAGAUCCCAUCUAGCAGCGAGCAAGACUUUAAAGCUUGUUGCUGUUCCUCCAUCUGCAGAAACUCACAGCAGCAACAUCUAUGCACAUAAAUCAGGUGCUCUUUCUUCAGUAAAAAGCCUGAAGAGAAAUGAUAAGCCUCAAGAGAGGAGACGUUCUUCACAGUUGUCCUCGAUAGAAAGAUGAGCUUAAAUGUGUAAGGACUGGAGCAAAAGGACACAUUGGUGCUUUCUGCUUUAAAAAAAGUGCAAAGUGCUGGUUCACUUACUCAUUCGUCCAUUUACAACUGUUUUUUGCUUUCAAUUGUAACUUGAAAUUAUUGUAGGAAAAACAAAGUUUCCCAUUCAUGAUCCGUUGAAUAUUCCUGGCCAUUGAUGGGUUCAUUCACUGGCCCAUAACCAUAAAUCGGUAUAGUGUUCUUUUCCCUUGAAGCCAGGUGACACUUCUCCCCCCCCCCAAAGAGCAAUUUACUCAGCUGUUGUGCAGAUGUUUGAAUGUUGCAAAGUCAGUAUUAUUUGACAUUUUUUUCUGAUCAUGUAUUGUUUACUGGUUCUGUGUUAUUUUUCCGGUGCUAUUUGCCUGUCAGUACAAUCUGCCUUACAUUCCACGAGGUGAAUCUUCCAUGAAUCCUAAUGCAAUGGUUCUAUAUGGCAUGUUAAUUUGACUAAAGCAUUCCUCAUCAUCUAGAAGGGUGCUGUAACUUUCAUUUAUAAACCCUUCACGAACAUGUAAUUGAUAAGACACAACAUGUCUUUUAAAACCACUUUGCUUACUAUUACUGUACAUUUGUUAUUCCUAUCAGCACUUAGGUAUUGGUUAUAUUAUACUGGAAAAAAGAAGAUGGAAUGGAAGGAAAAUACACUCAUUAGUUAAUGGAAGUUAGUAGGCACAUGUUCCAACAUUUGAAAAUCAUGCCAUAAAUGCAAGACUACAAUUUUAUUCAUCCAGACAAUGCCUAUAGGCACCAAACUACAUUUAUGUUUUACAAAAAUCUACAUAAUUUCUCAGUCAGUGCUUCCUCGUUGCGAUCCAAGAAUCAGAACUGUCCCACCAAAAUAGGGAUGGUUGAGAGAUAUUUAGUAGACUCUAAUCUACCGAGAAGAAAAUAUUCCACUUUCUAUUUGGAAGAUGCAUAUUGGGAAGGUUGAGAGAUAUUUAGUAGACUCUAAUCUACUGAAGAGAAAAUAUUCCAUCUUCUAUUUGGAAGAUGCAGUUACAACAAUAGUUAUUAAUAUAGGAGGAACUGAAAUGGACAACCUCUAUAUUCAGAGGAAGUAAAGAAAAGUAGACUAGUAUUACUAAA